CCAUCGUUUGUCAUUGCAGUUGGAUCAAGUGAAUGUGAUGUUAGAGCAAAAUUAGUGUUGCGCAAAUUAAUAUAAUUAAAAUGCUCAAAUAAGACCUUUUAACUUAUUGGAGACAGCGGCCCGGUAUUCGCAUAUCCUAUUAAAAGCACACGGUUUAAAAAAUACGGACGAUAAAAAUUUAAAAUUUGCUAGUGAUUUCACGAGACGUGCUACAUUCUUCAUACCUCCAUAUUUAGUAGUGCGAAUGUUGCUUUUGUUUGUAGUGAAAAAAUAAGGCGGAAAUUCUAGAUAAGUGAAAAAAUUAAUAAGAUUAUUUUUUCGCUUUUGAAUUGACUAGAAUAAGGAGGCAAAACGAUUAAAAAAAAGUAUAUUUUCUGGUCGUAUCCAACUGACUGAGGAUAUAGGCGAAGGAGUAAAAUCGCAACAUGGCACCAGCGCUAAGUAAAAUCACGCAAAAUCAGAGCGCCAUAGUGGGAGUGGCGGGCGUUUCGGCCGCUCUUUGGAUAAUUGCUUAUGGCAAAAUAUCCAGUAAACGUAGAAAACCGGGCUAUGAGGACAAAAUUCAAUAUACGAUUGCGGAAAAGAAAGAAAAAAAGGGCACUAAAGCACACGUCAAUGCAGUAUUCUUCAAGCAAUUACGACAGUUAUUACCAAUUCUCGUACCUCGCUUUUGGAGUGUGGAAAGUGGUUUGCUAUUUUUGGUAGCCGCCUCGCUAAUCGGUCGUUCUGUCAGUGAUAUUUGGAUGAUACAGAAUGCCACCGUCGUGGAGAGCACAAUCAUUCACAUGAACAAAGACAAAUUCAAAUCAGCAUUGCUAAAAUAUCUGGCCGCACUGCCAAUGAUAUCCGUUGUCACAAAUAUCCUAAAAUGGAGCUUGGGCGAAUUAAAAUUGAGAUUCCGAACAAAUCUAACUCAUCAUUUGUACAAUCAGUACUUGUGCGGUUAUACAUAUUAUAAAAUGUCCAAUUUAGAUAAUAGAAUAGCGAACGCCGAUCAGUUACUUACCACUGACAUCGAUAAAUUCUGUGAAAGCGCCACAGAUCUGUAUUCGAAUAUUAGCAAACCCGUGCUGGAUAUAUUCAUCUAUGUCUACCGUUUGACAGUCAAUCUGGGCGGCAAGACACCUUCAAUACUUAUGUUGUAUUUGCUUUUCGCUGGCAUCGUUCUAACACGACUUCGACGUCCAACGGGACGCCUCACAGUUGAAGAGCAGAAAUUGGAAGGUGAAUUCCGUUAUGUGAAUAGUCGUCUCAUAACCAAUUCCGAAGAGGUCGCCUUCUAUCAGGGCAACACACGCGAGAAGCUUACGCUGCUGGCCAGCUAUUCGAAAUUGCGUGCACAUCUACGUAAAUUCCUGGAAUUCCGCGUUAGCAUGGGCAUUGUCGAUAAUAUUGUGGGAAAAUAUUUUGCCUCAAUUGUUGGAUUCUAUGCGGUAUCCAUUCCAUUCUUCUCGGAAAAUCAUCCGCUGCUCUCGGGCGAACAAAAUGGUCAACGUUUGCAGGCCUACUACACUUAUGGCCGCAUGUUGGUGAAGUUGGCCGAGGCCAUCGGUCGCUUGGUAUUGGCUGGACGUGAAAUGUCUCGUUUGGCUGGCUUCACGGCGCGCAUGACCGAAUUAAUCAAAGUGCUGAGUGAUCUGAACAAAGGACGUUACGAACGGACAAUGGUGAAUAAUAUACUGAAUGGCGAUAAUGGCUUUGGUCCAAAUAAGGGCAUUAUGACGUUCGUUGAUAAUAUCAUUAGAUUCGAAAAGGUGCCGCUUGUUACACCCAACGGCGAUGUGCUGGUCAAGGAGCUAACCUUCGAAGUGAAAUCGGGCAUGAACGUCUUGGUUUGUGGUCCAAACGGCUGUGGCAAGUCUAGUUUAUUCCGCAUACUCGGUGAGCUGUGGCCCACGUGGGGUGGUAAGUUGACCAAGCCGCCACGUGGUAAACUCUUCUAUAUUCCCCAACGCCCAUACAUGACAUUGGGCUCACUGCGCGAUCAGAUAAUCUACCCACAUACGCGCGAUGAAAUGUUGCGCAGUGGUAAGAGCGACGAAGACCUUAUGAAAUAUUUGGAUAUUGUGCAGCUGACCUAUUUGGAGCAGCGUGAAAAUGGUUUGAAUGCCGUUGAGGAUUGGAUAGAUGUUUUGUCGGGUGGUGAAAAGCAACGUAUUGCCAUGGCGCGUCUCUUCUAUCACAGUCCACAGUUCGCUAUUCUAGAUGAAUGCACCAGUGCGGUGUCAGUCGAUGUUGAGGGUAAAAUGUAUAGUUAUUGUCGCGAAGCAGGCAUUACGUUAUUCACGGUGUCCCAUCGCAAAUCGCUGUGGACGCAUCACGACUACUAUCUGCAGUUCGAUGGGCGUGGUACCUAUGAAUUCGGACCAAUCGAUCAAGCGAAAGAGCAAUUCGGCUCGUAAAAAUAUAAAAUAAGUGAAAGGAUAAAUCACAUUUAUUUGUAGAUAAAGUAAUAACAACAACAACAACAACAACAGUUAAUGAUGACAACGGGAGUAUAGCCGGUGUGUUGUCACCUACGUACGCCUGACUGUGCAUAGAAAUAUAUUUAAUAUUGCCGAAACGAUUCCAUUUGUACGAUGCUGUAUUGUAUUUUAUUUGAUGACUGUAUGCACAUACAAUGCAUACACUUAUAUAUGUAUUUAUAGUAUAUAAAUGUAAGUGCAUACGCGCUUGGUUGGAAUCCAGCAAAAAUGUUGUUAUACAAUUUUAAAUACAUAUUAGUCUUAGGUGUGUAGGUGCGAACAAAAUUCUUUAGUGUAUUAAAUGGUGAUCUUCUAUAGCAUAAACUAAAAUUUUCCUCCAAAAGCUUUGUAAUAUUGUAAUAACUGCUUUUGUUGCUUGAAUAAUUUGCAAUUAUCUAAGUUGUGUGUGUAUGUAUUUGUAAAUUGGUGCUGGGGGCAAUUAAUUCGAAGCGGAUGGAACUAGUGAACUGCAACAUAUCUGAUUUGUUUUGUUUAGUUUAUUAUUUUAAUUAGCUAAUUACGCACUAAGCUUAUUCCAAAUAUAUAAUUUACAUAAAGGGUAUUCAUAGAAAGCUUGCACAACCCUCGCAUAUCUGCUCGGCGUGUGGAUCAGCUGUGUUCAUUCCUGUAUGAUAAGUUUGCGACUUCAGGUGCGUAAUAAAUGAAAAUUAUGCUUCUAUAUUUGUUAUUUGUCAA